AUGAAGUUCCUCCUCCGGAUAACCCUCCUCUUCUCCGUCAUCUCCUUGAUCGCCUCGGCACCUCCAUCAUCCCCCUCUACAGAUCUCUCGGUGCGCGAGGUCUCCUCCCCGCUCGAUUUAUUCAACCAUCUCGAAAAGCGCAAAGGUGGCGGCGGCGGGAAAGGAGGGGGAGGCAGUAGCGGCAGCAGUGGCAGCUCUUCGUCGGGCGGAUCCAGCAGUGGCGGGCGCAGUUCUGGCGGAUCGUCCACAAGACCAAACGGGCAGCCGUACUCGUUUUCGUCGGCGUCCAACGCUGGUGGACGCACGCGCGAUGGCUCAGGCACACCCAAGGCCUACGGGAACAGAUACGCGGGCGGCGCGGUGGUGCCGUACACUGCGGGACGCAGAUCGCCGUCGCUGGGUGUCGCGCCAUUCUUCAUUGGCGCGGGCGCCCUGGCGUUCUUCCCGGGCCUCUGGCUGUACGGCAGCGUAUGGGCAUAUCCCUACGGCAUCCCGUACUACUGGCUCGAUCACGAGGGCCGCAACCGCACCUCCAACGUCACCUGCCUGUGCCAACAGUACCAGGUCUGCGGGUGCGACCCAGACAACAACUCGACCUUCUUGACCCAGGUGGUCACCAACGGCUCCUCCACGCCCGUCGCCCCCGUCAACACCAGCACCGUCAGGACCGUGUCCUUCGACAACGGCACCACGGCCACUUACAUCAACGGCAGUCUCGCCAACGGCACCACCGCUGACGGAGGCACCGAUCCCAGCGACGAGUCCCAGGUCAGUGCGGCCGUGCGUGCCGUCGUCGAACUGAGUGGGUACUGGGUCAUGUUUGUGAUUGUGGGUUGGGGUAUGUGGACGGUCGCAUAG